AGUGGCAGUGGAUUCAACAAAGAAGCGAUGAUGCGUCUGACUGAUCAAGGCCUGAUGUUGGGGAGCCUGCUGCUUGUCUCCCUGUGUGUUGGGGCAGCAGCCAUGUUUGACAGCAAACAGCUGGACAACCACUGGGACCUGUGGAAGAAGACCCAUGGGAAGACAUACCAGAAUGAUGUGGAGAAUAUACACCACAGGAAAUUUUGGGAGAAGAAUCUGAUGCUCAUCACCAUGCACAACCUGGAGGCCUCCAUGGGGCUUCACAGCUAUGAAAUGGGCAUGAACUUCAUGGGAGACAUGACGCCAGAGGAGAUCCAGCAGUUCUUUGGUGGGCUCACUCCUCCCACUCACCUCAAGAGGGCGCCAUCUCCUUUUCUGGGCACUUCAGGCGCUGAUGUACUAGACACCAUGGACUGGAGAGAGAGGGGCUGUGUCACCAGUGUCAAGGAUCAGGGUCGUUGUGCCUCCUGUUGGGCCUUCGGUGCUGUUGGCGCCUUGGAGGGUCAGUUAGCCAGGACAACAGGGAAGCUGGUAGACCUCAGCCCCCAAAACCUGAUAGACUGUUCAUGGGAAUACGGCAACAACGGCUGCAAUGGUGGCAACGAGCUAAAAGCCUUUGAGUACGUCAUGGAUGAGGGCAUCGAGUCUGUGGCUUCAUACCCCUACAAAGGAAGUGAAGGACAGUGCCGCCACAACCCCAUGAACCGUGCUGCCAACUGCUCUGAUUAUAUCCUCCUGCCUGAGGGGGACGAGGAGGAGCUGAAAAAGGCAGUUGGCACCAUUGGACCUCUUUCAGUGGCGAUUCACGCAGGGCAGUCCUCAUUUCAGUUCUACAAGAGUGGAGUGUAUGAUGACCCGACCUGCGCUCAGAAGGUGAACCAUGCAGUGUUAGCUGUGGGCUACGGCACAGUAGAUGGACAAGACUACUGGCUGGUGAAGAACAGCUGGGGAACUAGAUAUGGAGAAGAGGGCUACAUCCGGAUGUCACGCAACAAGAACAACCAGUGUGGCAUCGCUCUAUAUGCCAGCUACCCCGUCAUGUAGCUGCAGAGGAAACCAAACUGA